CCCUCUCUCUCCUUCCCUCAGCCACGAGGAGCAUGCAGGUUCCCAUCCUCUCUAUGGCCAUGGAGAGUGUAAAUGGCCUGGCUGUGAGGCUCUGUGUGAUGACAUGGGACAGUUCAUCAAGCAUUUGAACAAUGAGCAUGCUCUGGAUGACCGCAGCACGGCCCAGUGCAGGGUGCAGAUGCAGGUGGUCCAACAGCUGGAGAUACAGCUGUCCAAGGAGAGUGAGCGACUGCAGGCGAUGAUGACCCACCUGCACAUGCGCCCUUCGGAGCCAAAGUCUUUCAAUCAACCUCUGAACCUGGCGUCCAGUGGCUCCCUGCUGAAGAGGGAGAGCGAGGCGUACCCCGAGGGUCUACCUCACCCCCCCACCUCCGCCGCCGCCCCUAUUACCCCGGUCCGCCAGGGCCCCUCUGUCAUCAGCUCCUCCAGCCUGCACUCACACUCACACUCACACUCACACUCACACCCGCACGGCGUGGGACCCAUACGCAGGCGCAUCGCUGACAAGUUCUGCACCCCCAUCGCCUCAGAGCUGGCGCAGAACUGUGAGUUCUAUAAGAAUGCUGACGUCAGACCUCCCUUCACCUACGCCUCUCUCAUACGCCACGCCAUUCUGGAGGCUCCAGACAUGCAGCUGACUCUUAAUGAGAUCUAUAACUGGUUUACGCGAAUGUUCGCCUACUUCAGGAGAAACACAGCCACAUGGAAGAAUGCUGUGCGCCACAACCUGAGUCUGCAUAAGUGUUUUGUGAGGGUGGAGAACGUGAAGGGGGCCGUGUGGACGGUGGACGAAGUGGAAUACCAAAAGAGAAGACCACCAAAGAUGACUGGGAGUCCUACUCUGGUGAAGAAUAUGAUUUCAGGCCUGGGCUUCGGUUCCCUAAACGCCAGCUACCAGGCGGCCCUUGCAGAGAGCAGUCUGACUCUGCUGAACAGCCAGGGCCUGGUUAACCCCUCCUCUGCCGCCAGCCUCAACAUGCUACACGGGAUGGGUCACAAUGACGUCAGCUCCACUGUGGAACAGGUCAACAGCAACGGCAGCUGCAGCCCUACACUCAGCCCACAGCAGUAUGGACACCAGAUCCAUGUGAAGGAGGAGCCCACUGAGGUUGAGGAGGACAGACGCUCCGUGUCGCUCAUGGCAACUAUCACUCAUGGCAACAUGGCAUUGCCUAGCGAUCGAGAUGACCGAGAUUUGGAGGAUGAGCUUCCAACCGACGAGCUGGAGUAGGAUUGGAAGAGCUUAACCAGUGGGCGGGACUUUGAGGUUUAAUCCCGCCCCCUCCAUUGGAGGGAAGAGAAAUUAUGACACAUAAAAAAGAAGAUAUAGAGUUUUUUUUUUAAGUAUGAUUUCUUUUAAAGCAAGAAACCAACAACAAUGAGAAACUUCAAACAGGGUUAGACCUCCGUUAUGUACCGAUGCAAAAAUAACACUCUGGAGCAUUGCUUUAUCCCCACACGUUUUCACCCACCUCACCCCAACCCUCCUCCCCCAACCCUCCUCCCCCAACCCUCCUCCCCCACCCUAUGAGCAGCGUAUUGCCAGAGAGACAGCUCUCAGUGGUGAUAUGGAGGCCCCUCUUCUCUUCUCCUCUGUCCUCCUCUCGCUGCUGAUUGUGACAGAUGGUCUAUCCACCCUACAGUCCUUUAGUGCUGGUAGUUUGAUGUUCACACCAGUUAAAUAUACAUACAGGUGUGUGUGAGGGAGAGUGUAGAGACACACACACACCAGAUCAUGUAUAUAUAUUUUGGAACAGUCACCAGGAUGUGUAUACUUCUCCUCCGAUCCUGUCAGUCGCUUUUUAUUUUCUUCUGUUAACUGAGAGAGAAGGAAAGACAGUUGUAGUUUUCUCAAAGAUUACCCCACAUCUGCUCACACAUCAGAAACCAAGCGUACAAGCCAGUCAUUGAUCCAUAGGUGAGACUGAGACUGAGACUGGAUGGCAGGACUCUGCAGCCCAUGCCAGACAAGACUCUCUCUCCUCCUUAUGCCAAACACAGAAUGAAGAAAUCCCCACCAAACAGAUUUCAGGAAGAGGACCCUUUGUUGCAUUAGUCCUUCUUCAUGCAUGAUAGAGUGAUGGGCCCAGGCCACCAUGAGAGAGAGAGAGGGAGGGAGGGAGCAUCCACACAGCGAUAUCUGAAUAAAAUGGUUGAGGAUUAUGGAAUACGAAAAAUGUUACAUCCAAAAAGUGGUAUCUUUUUCACAUCUUUUUUUAUUUGAUGGUUUCUUUGUUUAUUUUUUAGGGUCAAUAUUUCCAUGGUGAUAUAAUUCUGUUUCAAAGCGUAUUUUGUAGUUUUUUUGUUUUUAUUGACUCUGCUGGUUCACACCAUUCUAUACUAGUAUUGUCAGCAAAGAAAGCGUUGUUCCAAAAAUACCCAACCCACCCUCCGCUGAAUACCUUUCUGUGUGUCUGGGUGUGCCCGUUUAGAUGGCAGGAGAUUGAGAAUAGCACUUAGGAUCUGGGGCCUCAGCUCCUGAGAACACUCACUCAUUAUCCCCACAGUUUAUCAUACAUUUGUAUUAUUCCUUUUCAACUCAUUCCUUUUGAUUUUAUCUUCUCGUAGUUAGUUGAGAAACAUCAGCUGUGAUACAAAGCAAUGCUUUAAAAAAUAUAUUAUUACGGUCAGAGAAUACCUCAUCCCACAAAGGUUCCAUCUGGAACUGUGUCCAAAAUGUUAAAGAAAUAAGGGGAAUUCUUUCUGCGGGACACCAAAAUGUGGCAACUCAGUUUCAGUUCAAAGUUCUAUUGUUACUAUAGUUACUGUAUAGAAGCUAUCUGCAAUUCACUGUGUGAGUUGGACUAAAAGAAUAGCACGUGAGAUUACAAAUCUUUUGUUUUCAGUGAGCAUAAAAGCAUUACCUUCUCUGCAGUGCCAUACCAAAUUUAAACACAUUAUUUUAAUGUAUUUUCUGCUUUUUUCCCGUUUUAUUUUUGUUACAGGUAACCAAAGAAAUGUGUAGAAAACCAAAAACCCUGUAGUUUAUUUCCCCUUUUGAGUUUUUCCUCUAAAGAACUGGCCAGAAGACAACCAACACCUGAAAUCUAAGUUAUCAUUGUAUUAUCGUAACUCCUGCGUUGAAUUUGUUCAUGACAGUACUGACCAUUCCGAAAACCAAAGUAUAAAAUGCAAAAUAGAAUUUGGUGAUGUUAAAAGCUUUUUACAUACGUGUUAACUGGUGCGAAUGACGACUCACGUUAGGUGUGCUGUGGUAGAAGGCCAAAAACAGUAUUAACAAACAGCCUCUUGCAGUUCCUUGGAUAAAGAAAGAAAGCGCGUAGGAUUUAAAUGCUCAGGCUACCUGUGUUUCAAACACAACCCUAAGAGAGGCUCCGCUGUGGGCAGGCCUAAGAUGGGCUUUACAGUUAAAGAUGGCAAAUAAUUAUCUUACCCUCAUAAGGCACUUGAACACAACAUUUAUAUCCCUUUAUGUGACACUAGAAGCCAGCAAAAAAACAAACUGUGGGCUGUUGUCAGUUGUCCAUUAACCGGGAUACCGGGCCAAAAAAAGACAUUGUUAUUGCACUGCAAUAAUGCAUGUUUGGAUUCAUUUCCUCAGCCAAAACAAUGCUUUCAUUGUGAAACUCAACACUAUAAAUUCAAACAUCCCUUCUUGCUAUGCAGCAGAAUGUUAUCUUCUUGACCCGGGUACCAGUUAGACUGAAUAACGAACGGUUUAGCCGUGAACGGUUUACUUACUGUACCUUCUGUACUGCUCACCUACAGUAUGCUCUAGCACACACAACAGUUUAACAAAUACCAAAAAGGACAAGUGUUAUAAUACAUAGGAACAAUGAUAAUUGUUGACUCCUAUAUUGUCUUCAUGCUCUCACAUUGCUAUAGAAACCCCUUCAUAUCCCCAGUCUCAGAUGUGCUGUGAGGAGUUGUGAUAAAGACCGUUUGAAGCUGGCUGUCAUCCCAAACAUCACACCAAUGGACAGGGGGGGCUGUUCAGAACAGACAUACCAUUAUGACCACUUGUGAUACAGCAAAGAGGGAACAACUGACAAACGACAAAAUCAUACCAAUGUAGAAGGAACACGCCAAGGGACAUGUCAACUUAUGUAUUUUUUUCUAAAACAACAUUCGGGGAAGUUUUGUCAAAUCAACUCUUCACUUCAGACCAUUUGCUUUCUUUUUUAAAUAGAGGAGUCUUUGUAUUAACUUCCUGUGUAAAACAGCACUGUCUCCUGUCUAAGUAGGGUUCUGAUGCUUCACGUCAUCAGAUUGAUUUAUAACAAACAAAGUGGGAGAGGGACACCUUGAAACGAGAGUAAAAACCAAAAAUAACACUACCUCCUUUUCAAAAUGGUUCACACAAUAAAAGCAAAUGGGAGACUGGAGACCCUAAAUAUUUCUGUUUUUUUCCCCAUUCUUCCUUAAUAAUAAUAGUGAAAUAUACCAAAACACAGCUUACUGUUACUACACAUUUUGUGGGGCUGAAAAAGCUUGUCUGGCUAUCUGGACUCCAAAUUCACGAGCGUGAGCGCAAAAACAAAGAGACUUUACAACAACAUUACACCCCGUUAAAGAUGACUACCUCUCCUAAAACCACAGAGAACCGGUGCGUUCUCCUAAGAGUGAAGAGUGAAGUGGUUUAAAAGGUCUACUCUCAGCUGGGUAUUAUUGGCUGUCUCUGUGCUUUCAUUAGCAUAUGGCUCCGUGAACAGCCUCUUAAUUGGGUGCUCUAAUUGUAUGCACGCAUAUUGAUGAGCAGGCUUUGCCAGCAGCCAAUGAUAGUCCGGUCGUUAGCGGCGAUUCAAUGGGGCAGGAAGCUGAUUGUCAGGAGGGAGGAGGGGCAGAAUAUAUCAGUGCCCGGCACCCGCCAGUGGGCCACACACACACUAGUGCCCGCCACACGCCAGUGGGCCACACACACACUAGUGCCCGGCACCCGCCAGUGGCCCGCACUUCACAUUAAUGCAGGAAACGGCUGUAAGAUGGCAGCGAUAAAAGACACACUCUCUUACCGUCUGUAGUCAGUGUUCAGUCCAAAGGGCCCUGAGUACCAGUCAGAGCUGGGAAUAUAAUCCCUGUGACAUGGAGCUGUCCCCUCAUGGUGAAUAGUGGCUGCUGUCACUAGGAGCCGGGCCCCUGGUGGCCCCUGUGGUUCAGACAGCUGAGGAGAGGCUCUGAGUAACUGAAGAUACUAUCCAAAGACAAACACAGAACUUACUGUACAUCCUCAAUCGCCACUCGCUGGGAGACGGGCAAUAAUAACACACGCUUACAAAGGAAUUUAUCAUUACUACUAUUAUUAUUGUUAUGAUCCAAACUCUCAUGAAUGAGGAACUGCUGCAUUCAGUAAAUAUGAAUGAAUUAUUGUGCUUUAAGGUACACCUGUAAACCACGCUGUUUUAUAAAGAUGUAGAUUGACAUUCGUUGAUGGUGUUGACAGAGCGUCAUAGACGGUUCUGUUCCUUCUCCGGCUUUGCUGUUAUGAUGUAUUAUUGUAUAUUAACGCUUGGCUUAGCUCUCGAGGGCAUUCUUUCCCAUUAUGUCUUUUUGAUUUUCUGUUGUGUUCAUUUUCUGCACCUGUUUAGCUAUUGUAAAGCUUCCAGCUCUGAUUCCUAUACUGUAUUGCUAAUGCUGAAGUGUAUGUAUUUGAUCAUAUUAAGUGCUGCAGGUAUCUGGGUUUAAUCGUUUUUGUUUUGUCCUUUUUUUUAGUUUUCUUUAUAAAAACGUCUGGGACGAUGAUUUUUUAAGUGUAUUAUCUCUAAAAAAUUAAAUAAUUAAAGUUAGAUAAGUGGUUUAGGUAACACCUGUUUGUAUAUUUAUCUUAGCUAGGUCUAUUUUGAUACUUUUGUCUCUGUACUGCAUUUAUGCAUUUUUAA